AUGGAUCGGAGACUUCUUGUAGCCAUAGUGCCAGUGGCUGCUUUUUUCAUGUUAGCUAUCAUUUUAUGCUUCAUUCUGAUGCAUCGCUUACAUAAGGAUGUUUGUAGCUUUGAGAAGGAUGGUCCCAAAGCCGUGGUCACCGAAGAGUGCAAGGAUGGUCGCAAGAAAGCAUCACCGUAG